UUAGUGGACUCCUCGAUCACCCCCGGCCCCUAUUAAAUCCUCCUCCCCUAUCUAGGGUUUGGCCACCCUCACUCCAAACUCCUCGUCCUCUAAUCCUUUUCCUAUCUCUAUCCUUCAUCCCAAUGGCCUCGGCGGCGGCGAAGCGGAAGCCGGUGUUCGUCAAGGUGGACCAGCUCAAGCCCGGCACGGCCGGCCACACGCUCGUCGCCAAGGUGCUCAGCUCCAAGACAGUCCUCCAGAAGGGCCGCCCCGGCGCUGCCGCUGCCGGCCCGGCGGCGCGGCCCACCAGGAUCGCCGAGUGCCUCAUCGGCGACGAGACCGGCUGCAUCCUCUUCACCGCCCGCAACGAGCAGGUUGAUUUGUUGAAGCCUGAAAGCACUGUUAUUAUCCGCAAUGCAAAGAUUGAUAUGUUCAAAGGUUCAAUGAGACUUGCUGUGGACAAAUGGGGCCGCAUUGAAGUCACUGAACCAGCAAGCUUCAAUGUUAAGGAGGACAACAAUCUCUCACUUGUGGAGUAUGAGCUUGUCAACGUUGCCGAAGAGUGAAGGCCUUGUUGAUCUCAUUCGAUAACCAGAAUGCCUGCUGGUAAAAAAAAUUCUACUUGUUGCAUCAAGAAUGAGAACUUGAGGGGAUGGAGAAGCUUAUGAAGUAGAUUGGAGCUGUUGGUCGAACUAGUGCAAGUUCCUCGUUAUCAUGCAUUUAUGUCUAUCAAUGGAUAUUAGUUGCUGCAGCGUUAUGGUUGUAUGAACAAAUGUGAUGUGCUGAGCAGUUAAUACGCUAAUGGUUCUUGAGCUCUUCAGAAUGGAUUGAUGUGUCUGAGGAGAAAUUUGGGUUUGCAUUA